AUGGUGAACCGAAAGACAAGAGCUAAGCGAAUUAGAAGAGCAUCACCACCAAGUUCUGACAGUGAUUAUAGUGAUGCUGAGAAAGGAGAAGAAAGUGAGGAAGAAUUUCUCCCUUUGGACGAAUCUUCAGAGGAUGAUGAAGAGAUCAUUGCUGCUAGAGAGAAAGUUAUGAAUUUCGGCAGAGGAUGGAAGUUUGUGGCUAUGCUACAGGAAAGUGACAAAGAGGAUGAUGGUGAUAAUGCAAAUGUUACUGAUGUUGAUGUUGGUGGUAUUGAUGUAGAUGAUGGGGUUGGUGGUAGUGUUGGAGAUGCUGGGGUAGAUGGUAGUGAGGAUGCUGAAGAAAAUAAUGAAUCAGAUGGGCAUUUGAGUGAAUAUUUGGAAUCUUCUGAUCCUGGCAGCUAUGGAGAAAACAGUGAUGAGGACCCUGAGUUUAGAGAAGAUGUUGUCAUAAAGAAGAGUAGAUAUCCACUUUUCAAAGGCAAUAAAGGUAUACCCUCUUUUGAGCUUGACAUGUUAUUUCAAUCUAAUGAUGAAUUUAAAGAAGCUGUCACAACAUAUGCAAUUAUGAGUAGGAAAGAUAUAAGAUUCAUGAAAAAUGAGCCCAAAAGAUGCAGAGCUAAAUGCAAAGGGGCUGCUGAUUGUAAAUGGAUUAUUUUUGCAUCCUAUGACAAAGUGAUUGACAGUUUUCAAGUGAAAACUUAUGUGUCUGAACACUCAUGUGAACCAAAAAGGGUAUUGAAGAGUCUGACCAAUAAAUUUUUAGUCUCUAAGUUCUAUGAUCUAGUAGCUGCACUUCCAGAAAUUAAGAUUAGGUAUCUGAAGCCUUUUAUGGAGAGAACAUUGCAGUUAGAAAUUAACUUAACUCAAUGCAAAAGGGUUAGGAAGAGAAUAUUGGCUAAUUUGGCAGGUAAUUGUAUAAAGGAGUAUGCUAAACUCAGGGAUUAUGCCGAGGAGUUAUUAGUUUCUAACCCUGGUUCCACUGUUUCCUUACUCACUAAUAGACAGAAUGAGAAUGAUCCACCAUCAUUUAAAGCAUUUUACUGCUGUUUCAAAAGUUGCAAAGUUGGGGUUUUAAAUGGAUGUAGACCAGUGUUAGGAGUUGAUGGUUGUUUCCUUAAGGGGUUGGUAAAGGGUGAGCUACUAACAGCAAUUGCUAGGGAUGGGAACAACCAAAUGUUCCCUGUUGCUUGGGCUGUAGUUCUAGUGGAGAAUAAUGAGACAUGGACAUGGUUCCUAAACUUGUUGAGGCAUGAUCUUGGGACAGCUGAGGGAGAGCUCUGGACAAUAAUAAGUGAUAGACAGAAGGGAUUGGUUGGGGCUGUUGCAGAAACAUGGUCCAAAGCUGAUCACAGGUUUUGUUGUCGACAUCUGUAUGCAAAUUGGGGCAAGACACACUCAGGAAGACAUUUGAAGAACUUGUUCUGGGCCCUAGCUAAGUCCACCAACAAGUAUGACUUUGACAAGAAUUACAAGAAUCUUGAGAGGGUGCACCCAGAGGCUGCUAAGGACUUGAUGCUGUGUGAUCCUAAGCAUUGGUGCAAAGCUUUCUUCUCAGCAUGGCCAAGGUGUGAUUCAAAUGAUAAUAACUUGUGUGAAGCAUUUAAUGGGACAAUAGUUGAGGCAAGAAGCAAGUCUAUAAUAUCUAUAUUAGAAGAUAUUAGGAGGGCAAUGAUGAGGAGGUUUAGGGACAAGACAGUUGGUGUUAAUUCAUGGAAACAUGAUUAUGGUCCACUGAUACACAAAAAGUUUUUGCACAAUGUGAAUGAGAGUCAUGUAUGGGUGUCUGAGUGGAAUGGGGGAGGGAGUUAUGAAGUCAGACAUGGUUCUAAUCAAUUUGUUGUUAGAUUAAGAGAAGGUGAGUGCACAUGUGGGGCAUGGCAACUUUCUGGAAUCCCUUGCCCCCAUGCCAUCCAUGCAUUACAUGAUAAUGGUGACAAGCCUGAAGAUUACAUUAAUCUUUGGUACAAGACACCAAUUUAUCUGAGGGCAUAUCAAGUACCACUAGAGCCAAUUCGAGGAGAAAAUAUGUGGCCAAAAAGUGAGCUAGAUGUUGUGGUUCCUCCAAAGUUGAGGAAAAUGCCUGGGAGGCCAAAGAAGAAAAGGAGGAGGGAAAUUAAUGAGAAUGUAUUGAAACACAAAUUGAGCAGAGUUGGGAGGUUAGUAACUUGCAAUGUUUGCAAAAGCAAAGGUCACAAUGCAAGAAACAAGGAAUGUCCGGGAGCCAGCAGCCAAAGGAGUACCCUCACUGUAUAUAGGACACCAAACCAGCAGACUUCUCCUUCCAUUGCUUCUGCUUCCAUUGCUACUGCAAGUAUGGAAGGGACCACAACUGGUUCAUGUCAAACUACACAAGGACAGUCUAGCAAUUCAAUGGCUGCAACAAUGUCUAAGUACCCUAGAACUUCAAUGGCUAGGGUGGUAGAUCGUGGAAGUCAAAAAUCCAUGACUAAGAACAACUCAUCCCAUAAUGAAGCUGGAGUAUCUGGAUUUCUAUUGGGACUUAGUAUCCCUGGAAUUCUACAGGUUAGGUAUAUGAAGGUUUCAUUUGACCCUAUUACAUAA